GCCUGCUCACGUUCAGCUGCGCCCAUCUAGAGGAUAGAGCGAACAGAAAAAUACCGUUCCCUGCCCAAAACUGGAUUCUCACAACGGGAGCUAUAUUUAAUCCAUUCUGGAUGUACAGAAGCCACUCUGUCUCUGUAUGGAAAAAUCGCUUGCUUGUGAAAACAUUGGUGCUUCUGUAGUGGAACGUAGACUACUUUUGGGGACAGUAUGUUCAACUUGAUGAAAAAAGACAAGGAGAAGGAUGGCGUCAGGAAGGAGAAAAAAGACAAGAGAGACCGGAGGGAACGGAUGUCAGCAGCUGAGCUCCGAAGCCUGGAUGAGAUGAGCAUGAGACGGGGUUUCUUCAACCUCAACCGGAGCUCCAAACGGGACUCCAAGAACAAGUUGGAGAUCUCGAACCCAAUACCUAUUAAAGUCGCCAGCAGCACUGAGCUCAACCUGACCGACAUAGAGUCGGAUGGCCUCAGUAACCGCAGCAGCAUGGUCCUGGAUGUAGAUCAGCUCAGCGCGGCCAGUUCCAGUGACGAUCUGAAGGGCGAUUACGGCCAAGAUGGCCACCGGAGCUCUGUCAAGGAGCGUGCGGCCAGGUUCGGCUCCCUCGCCAUUCAGAACUCGCAAAUGGGUUCCAUCAUGAAGCGAUUCUCCUUUUCUCAGAGGAAUAAAGAAGAAAGUCCAUCCGAAGGUUCCACACCUUCUGGGCAGAACUCGGCUGCCCCGUCUCCACAGGUAGAAACCAAGAUCUUUGACCCCCAACGUAAGCCAAGUCUCCAGCAUCAUCAGCGACAGCCUUCUACUGGGAAAAAGGUGCAGAUUCCUGAGAUUGUGGAUAAGACGUUUCCAGCAGACCUCCGCUUGCCUGCUGUUGUGCCACCGCAGACGCCUGAAGUUCGGGAGCUGGUUCUUCAGAGGCGGAAUACUGGGGAUUUUGGGUUCUCCUUGCGGCGCACCACCAUGUUGGACCGUGGCACGGAUGGAGGGGUAUAUCGCAGCGUGGUCCACUUUGCGGAACCAGGUGCUGGUACCAAGGACCUGGCUCUUGGUUUGGUUCCCGGAGACCGGCUGGUGGAGAUCAAUGGGCGAAAUGUGGAGAACAAGAACAGGGAUGAGAUUGUGGAGAUGAUUCGGCAAUCAGGUGACACGGUUCGGCUGAAAGUUCAGCCCAUCCUGGAGCUAAGCGAGCUGAGCCGAUGCUGGCUGAGGAACACCGAAGGGCUGCGGCGGGAAGCAUUUGACGUGAAAACAGAAGAGCAGAUAGCAGCAGAGCAAGCAUGGUACGGUUCGGAGAAAGUGUGGCUGGUCCACAAGAAUGGAUUCUCUCUGGCCACUGUGGUGAAGACAGAGACUGGCAGUCUACCAGAGGGGAAAGUGAAAAUCAAACUGGAGCAUGAUGGGACAGUACUGGACGUGGACGAGGAUGACAUAGAGAAGGCGAACCCCCCGUCAUUUGACCGCUGUGAGGACUUGGCAGCUCUGCUCUACCUGAAUGAGACCAGUGUCAUGCAUUCCUUGCGCCAGCGCUAUGGAGGAAAUCUCGUCCACACAUACGCAGGGUCCAACAUGGUGAUCAUCAACCCUACCAGCACCCCCUCAAUGUAUUCCGAGAAGGUGAUGCACAUGUUCAAAGGCUGUCGAAGAGAAGACACAGCUCCUCAUAUAUAUGCAGUAUCCCAAUCCGCCUACCGAAACCUUUUGACAACACGACAGGACCAGUCCAUCGUGCUGCUGGGAAAGAGCGGCAGUGGCAAGACCACAAACUGCCAGCAUUUAGUCCAGUACCUGGUGUCCAUCGCUGGCAGCACUGGAAAGAUCUUUACUGCUGAGAAAUGGCAAGCGGUCUACACAAUCUUAGAGGCCUUUGGAAACAGUGCCACCUCCAUGAACAAUAAUGCAAGCCGCUUCUCCCAAAUCGUCUCACUGGAUUUUGACCAGGCUGGUCAGGUGGCUUCAGCCUCCAUUCAGACCAUGCUGCUGGAGAAGCUGAGAGUGGUAAAACGACCAGAGACUGAGUCCACUUUUAAUGUUUUUUAUUACAUGAUGGCUGGAGCUGACAGCACACUUAGAACGGAGUUGCAUUUUAACCACUUUGCAGAGAACAGUGCUUUUGGGAUUGUGCCUCAAACUAAGUCUGAGGACAAGCAAAAGGCAUCACAACAGUUCACUAAACUGCAGGCAGCUAUGAAGGUGUUGGGCAUCUCUUCUGAUGAACAGAAAGCUCUGUGGCUCAUCCUUGGAGCCAUAUACCACCUUGGAGCUGCAGGGGCCACAAAAGAGGCUGAUGAAGCGGGCCGGAAGCAAUUUGCACGUCACGAGUGGGCACAGAAGGCAGCUUACCUCUUAGGUUGCACCCUAGAAGAGCUCUCGUCUUCUAUUUUCAAACAUCAGCCCAAAGGAACCUUACAGAGAUCCACCUCAUUCUGCCAGGGACCAGAUGAUGUUGGGACAGGAGACAACUCAGCUCCAAAGAUCACAGCUCUGGAGUGUCUGGAGGCCAUGGCUGCUGGACUCUACUCUGAACUCUUUACUCUGGUCAUCUCACUUGUUAACCGAGCGCUGAAGUCGAGUCAACAUUCCCUGUGCUCUCUGCUUAUUGUGGACACACCGGGAUUCCAGAACCCAAAGUUAGCCAAGCGAGACCGUGGGGCCACCUUUGAGGAGCUGUGCCACAACUACACCCAAGAACGUCUCCAAACGCUUUUCCACGAACGCACUUUUGUACAGGAGCUAGAGCGCUACAAGGAGGAAAACAUAGAGCUUGCAUUAGAUGACAUAGAGUCCAGUACAUCACUGUCUGUAUCAGCUAUAGACCAAGCCUCCACUCAAGCAUUGGUACGGACUUUGGCCAGGACAGAUGAGGCGAGGGGCCUGCUGUGGCUGAUGGAGGAAGAAGCUCUGCAGCCCGGGGGCUCGGAGGAAACUCUACUGGAGAGACUCUUCAGUUAUUACAGCCCUGUGGAUGGAGAGAGCAAAGGCCCUGCCCUGCUGCUGAAGAGUGAGAAGGCACAUCACUUCCUGUUGGGUCACAGCCAUGGGACUGACUGGGUGGAGUAUGAUGCUAGCGGCUGGUUGAGCCAUGCCAAACAGAAUCCUGCCUCUCAGAAUGCAGCCAUUUUACUGCAGGACUCUCAGAAGAAGAAUAUCAGCGGCUUGUUUAUGGGGCGUUCGGGGGGUGCCACAGUUUUGUCGGGCUCUAUUGCUGGGCUUGAGGGCGGAUCACAGUUGGCCCUGCGCAGGGCCACAAGCAUGAGAAAGACCUUCACCACUGGCGUGGCCGCUGUUAAAAAGAAGUCCCUUUGCAUCCAGAUUAAACUGCAAGUGGAUGCGCUGAUAGACACUGUGCGGCGAUCCAGGGUGCACUUUGUGCACUGUUUGCUGCCUAAAACGGAGACUUCGGCUGGGGAUUUGAAGGUGCUGGGAGGACCCUCAUCUCGGUCUGGGGAGAUAGUGGCACACAGAGAAAGCUGUGACAACGGCCUCAUGCAGCUGGAUGUGUGCUUGCUCCGGGCACAGCUGCGCGGCUCCAAACUGCUCGAUGCCCUGCGUAUCUACCGCCAAGGUUACCCCGAUCAUUUGGUCUUUUCGGAGUUCCGUCGCCGCUUUGAUGUGCUGACUCCCCACCUGACAAAGAAACAUGGGCGGAACUACAUCGUAACCGAUGAGAGAAAGGCUGUCGAAGAGCUGCUGGAGUCUCUUGAGCUGGAAAAAAGCAGUUAUCACAUGGGCUUGAGCAGGGUGUUCUUCAGGGCAGGUGUUUUGGCUAAGCUAGAGGAACACCGAGAUAUCCAGACCAGACGCAACAUCACCCUGUUUCAGGCAGCAUGCAGGGGCUACUUGGCCCGACAAGCCUUCAAGAAGAGGAAGAUCCAGAACUUGGCAAUCCGCUGCAUCCAGAAAAACAUCAAGAAGAACCGGGGUGUGAAAGGCUGGCCGUGGUGGAAACUCUUCACCACCGUCCGUCCUCUCAUCGAGGUUCAGCUUUCAGAGGAACAGAUCCGUGGCAAAGACGAGGAAAUUCAGCAACUCAAGUUGAAGCUGGAGAAAGUGGAGAAGGAGAGGAAUGAGUUGAGACUCAAUAGUGAUAGACUGGAAAGCAAGAUCACAGAACUCUCAUCAGAGCUCGCCGAUGAGCGCAACACGGGCGAAUCCGCCUCGCAGCUGCUGGAGUCCGAGACCUCGGAGAGACUUAGGCUUGAGAAAGACAUGAAGGAUCUACAGGCCAAGUUUGAGGCUAUGAAGAAGCAGAUGGAGUCUAUGGAGAUGGAGGUGAUGGAGGCACGACUCAUACGGGCAUCAGAGCUCAACGGGGAAAUGGACGACGAUGACACUGGAGGAGAAUGGAGGCUCAAGUAUGAGAGAGCCAUCAGAGAGAUCGAGUUUACCAAGAAGAGACUCCAGCAAGAGUUCGAUGACAAACUAGAAGUGGAGCAGCAAAACAAGAGGCAGCUGGAGAGAAAGCUGACAGACCUGCAGGCGGACAAUGAAGAGGUGCAGCGCGUGGCACAGCAGCUGAAGAAGAAAUGUCAGAGACUGACAGCCGAGCUGCAGGACACCAAACUGCACCUGGAGGGGCAGCAGAGCCGCAACCACGACCUGGAAAAAAAACAGCGAAAGUUUGACUCAGAGCAGACUCAAUCUCAGGAGGAGGUGCAGAGAGAGAAGAGUCAGCGGGAGAAACUGAGCAGAGAGAAAGACAUGCUGACCGGGGAAGUGUUCAGCCUUAGACAACAACUGGAGGAUAAGGAUCUGGAGAUAUGUGCUGUCAAUCUGAAACUCGAGCAAAUGGAGGCUGAGCUUCAAGAUCUGAACUCGCAGGAGACAAAGGAUGAAGCAUCACUGGCCAAGGUUAAAAAGCAGCUUCGUGACCUUGAGGCAAAGGUCAAAGAUCAAGAAGAAGAGCUUGAUGAACAGGCUGGAACCAUUCAGAUGCUGGAGCAGGCCAAGCUCCGUCUGGAGAUGGAGAUGGAGAGACUGAGACAGACGCAUUCGAAAGAGAUUGAGAGCAAAGACGACGAGGUGGAGGAGAUCAGACAGUCCUGCAGCAAGAAGGUGAGCCACAGAGAUGUGGAAACAGAAAAGCGUCUGAGGAAAGACCUGAAGCGCACAAAGGCCUUGCUGGCUGAUGCCCAGAUCAUGCUGGAUCACCUGAAGAACAAUGCUCCCAGCAAGAGAGAGAUCGCUCAGCUCAAGAACCAGCUCGAGGAAUCAGAGUUCACGUGUGCUGCUGCAGUCAAAGCCCGAAAGUCAAUGGAAGUGGAGAUCGAGGACCUCCAUGUCCAAAUGGAUGACAUAUCUAAAUCCAAGCAGGCGCUUGAGGAGCAGCUGAGUCGAUUGCAGAGGGAGAAGAAUGACAUGCAGUCUCGCAUGGAGGAGGAUCAGGAGGACAUGAACGAACUCAUGAAGAAACACAAAGCCGCUGUUGCCCAGACCAAACGCUUGGAGAGCCUUGUAGCGAGGCUGAAAGAGAAUCUCGAGAAGUUGACUGAGGAACGAGACCAACGCAGUGCCAGUGAGAACCGGGAGAAAGAGCAGAACAAGCGUCUCCUGAGGCAGAUCCGAGACGUCAAGGAGGAGAUGGCCGAGCUGGCCAAGAAGGAAGCGGAAGCCAGCCGCAAGAAACACGAGCUGGAAAUGGAUAUUGAGAGUUUGGAAGCGGCCAACCAGAGUCUCCAGGCGGAUCUCAAGCUGGCCUUCAAGAGGAUCGGAGACCUCCAGGCUGCUAUUGAGGAUGAGAUGGAGAGUGAUGACAAUGAGGAUCUCAUAAACAGUUUACAAGACAUGGUGACUAAGUAUCAGAAACGAAAGAACAAGAUCGAGGGUGCCUCUGAUACCGACUCUGAGGUGGAGGGCCGCGUUGACGGAGUGAAGUCAUGGCUGUCCAAAAACAAGGGCUCUGCCAAGAACCUGUCAGAUGAUGGUAGUCUGAAGAGCUCAAGAUUUGCUGUAAAUGUUGACGGAAAGGAGGGAAAAGAGUGGGAACAGGGUAAAGAAAGGAAAGACAGUGGCAAAGCCCACCCUCCAGUCGCAGACGCUUCUGCCUUGACAGAUCUGACGAGGAAGAGGAAGAAGAAAAAGAGGAAGGGAGCAUAGGCCGAAGCACCUACCGCUCCCGCUACAAACGCAGCAGCUACCUGAACGACAGCGAUGGCGAGACCACCGCGUAGCCGCCCCCCGCGCACACAUUCACCUGCACUCACGUUCAUAAAAAGGAGGACUUAAUAUCAGUGUCUUCCUUGAACCCGAAUCCAGGAUUUCAGCGAGAGAGGAGCAUGAUGGGACACACUCUGGCAAAGAUAUACCCCUCAUUUCUUACGACUUGUUAUUAGUAUUAUUUCACUUGUGCUUUGUGUUUAAAACUUUAAGGGGUUUGUACAGCAUCAUGAAUCUCAGCACUGUUGACUCUUUCCUCUUUGUGUGCUUUUACUUCUGACGUUCUUCCUCUUCCUUUCUAAAUAAGCAGUGACUAAACUAAACGCCGUGCUUGCAUUCUUACUCCGGUCAGGAUUCGGUAAUGGAUAUUGCUUCAGGCAACACGCUACAGCCUCUUGCAUGGUCAGGCCUGAGCCAAAGAUACAUGGCAUCGUGUAAACGUGAAAUUGCUGGAUUUUUUCUGUUGUGCUAGAUUUAAAAGAAAAGAAAACCAAGAGAAAAAGGCAAAGAAAGUAUUGUAUUACCAAAAAAAAAAAAGCAGCAUUGUUUUAGGUAUGUGAGCAUAUUAGUUUUUCGUUCUUGACUUGAGUCAAGGUGGGAUUGAUUUAAGACCACCUUCCUCUCUUCCCAUCUUCGUGUUCAUAUGGUGAAGGAUUCAUGUAUUUUGCUUGAGUAAGACAAGGAAGUCCAUUUCUCCUCUAGGUUCUUCACUUUGUUUUGAUGUUUUAUGUGGAGAGG